ACUUAUGCAAAUUUACCACUCGGAUCAACUCGGCCCAUCUCGGAUAACCAACUCGGACCAGGGCUGCCGCUCAUCCGACUGUACGUGGCCGGACUCCAACCGCAGUACGAUGCCCCCUACACUAUCGGUUUUACUUACGAUUCCGGCGGCCAGACCGGGGAGCUGAGAAUCUGUCGGCGCCAGAUUUCUUCCUUCCAUCCCACUGAAAAAUACUGUGAUGUCACAUCUCAAGACCAAGUGUAACUAAGUAGAAGUUCACAAUGUUAAGCAGAGAUAAAAAGUUCUCCUGUGAGGAAUGUGGCAAACAGUUUGGCUUCAAGUCUACUCUUCAGAAUCAUUUACGUGUACACAAUGGUGUGAAGGAGUUUGAAUGUGAGGAAUGUGGGAAAUGUUUCUCCCAGAAAAGUACUCUCAAGACACACUAUCUUGCACACAAUAGUGUAAAGGAGUUUGAAUGUGAGGAAUGUGGGAAAUGUUUCUCCCAGAAGGGUAGUCUCAAGACUCACAUUCUUGCACACAUUGGUGUGAAGCAGUUUGAAUGUGAGGAAUGUGGGAAACAAUUUUCAUAUAAGAAAUCUCUCAAGACACACAUUCUUGUACACAAUGGUGUGAAGGAGUUUGAAUGUGAGGAAUGUGGGAAACAAUUUUCAUAUCAGAGUUCUCUCAAGUCACACAUUCUUGGACACAGUGGUAUAAAGAAGUUUAAAUGUGAGGAAUGUGGGAAAUGUUUCUCCCAUAAGGGUAGUCUCAAGACUCACAUUCUUGCACACAAUGGUGUGAAGGAGUUUGAAUGUGUGGAAUGUGGGAAAUGCUUCUUCCAGAAGGGUUCUCUCAAGACACACAUGCUUGCACACAAUGGUGUGAAGCAGUUUAAAUGUGAGGAAUGUGGAAAAUGUUUCUCCCAGAAAGGUAUUCUCAAGGAACACAUUCUUGCACACCAAGGUGUGAAGGAGUUUGAAUGUGAGGAAUGUGGGAAAUGUUUCUCCCAGAAGCGUACUCUCAAUAGACACAUUCUUGCACACAAUGGUGUGAAGGAGUUUGAAUGUGAGGAAUGUGGGAAAUGUUUCUUCCAGAAGGGUACUCUCGAGACACACAUUCUUGCACACAUUGGUGUGAAGCAGUUUGAAUGUGAGGAAUGUGGGAAACAAUUUUCAUAUAAGAGUUCUCUCAGGACACACAUUCUUGGACACCAUGGUGUGAAGGAAUUUGAAUGUGAGGAAUGUGGGCAACAUUUUGCACUAAAGAGUACUCUCACGACACACAUUCUUGGACACAGUGGUAUAAAGAAGUUUAAAUGUGAGGAAUGUGGGAAAUGUUUCUCCCAGAAGGGUAAUCUCAAGACACACAUUCUUGGACACAGUGGUAUAAAGAAGUUUAAAUGUGAGGAAUGUGGGAAACAUUUUGCACAUAAGUGUCAUCUCAAAAGCCACAUUCUUGGACACAGUGGUAUAAAGAAGUUUGAAUGUGAGGAAUGUGGAAAAUGUUUCUCCCAGAAGGUUAGUCUCAAACAACAUAAACUUGUUCAUGAAAAAAUAACAGAUUCAAUAAAUGUUUGAAUGACUUUAACAGAAGGUAAACGUGCCACAUAAACUUGAAUACAGUGAUAUACAUCAAUAUAAAACCACUAGAGCAAACUCUAUGAAUGGCCUUAUUAUUAUUUAGUGUAGGCAUUUGGUGUUGGUUAAAUAUCACUCAUAAUAUAACUCCAUUUUGUUUCAUAAGCCUUUUUAAUAAUGUUAUUUUCAGUACAGUUGUACCCCGCUUAACGCGGGCAAUAGAACCCACAGGGUACCGCA